CUUCGCGCCAUGACUUCGUAAGAACUACAAGGUCGUAAAGCUUCGUCCGUUCACACGGUGGAAAAAAAAAGAGGAGGUGCAGUCAAAACCGCUCUUAAUUUGCUGAAGGUGUACAACCUGUUUCCAAAAUGCCACGCAUCGAGAACGACGUCAAGCUGGACUUCAAAGAUGUGCUGCUGCGUCCGAAGCGGAGCACGCUCAAGACUCGCAGUGAGGUGGACCUGAUGAGGAGCUUCAUCUUCAGGAACUCUAAAGGGAACUACCAUGGGAUUCCCAUCAUUGCAGCUAACAUGGACACUGUGGGGACCUUUGACAUGGCUUUGGCUUUGCACCAGUUCAGCCUCUUCACUGCCAUCCACAAGCACUACCCUGUGGACGAGUGGGUGGAGUUUGCAGCAAAGCACUCAGAAUGCCUGCAGAGCGUCGCAGUCAGCACAGGAACUAGUGACGGUGACUUUGAAAAAAUUUCAGCCAUCUUGGCGGCGGUGCCACAGUUGCAGUAUAUCUGCGUGGACGUGGCUAACGGCUACUCUGAACACUUUGUCCACUUUGUCAAAGAUGUCCGGGAGCGGUUCCCCUCACACACCAUCAUGGCGGGAAACGUGGUGACGGGAGAGAUGGUGGAGGAGCUGAUCCUGGCCGGCGCUGACAUCAUCAAAGUGGGAAUCGGACCAGGUUCCGUGUGUACGACCCGUAAGAAGACCGGUGUGGGCUACCCACAGCUCAGCGCUGUCAUCGAGUGUGCGGAUGCAGCCCACGGUUUGGGCGGCCACAUCAUUUCUGAUGGGGGGUGUACGUGUCCCGGAGAUGUCUCCAAGGCUUUUGGUGCGGGAGCCGACUUUGUGAUGUUGGGUGGGAUGUUGGCUGGUCACUCAGAAAGCGGGGGUGAGAUCAUCGAGAAAAAUGGUAAAAAAUACAAGUUGUUCUAUGGCAUGAGCUCUGACACAGCCAUGAAGAAGCACACGGGGGGCGUGGCUGACUACAGAGCUUCAGAGGGGAAGACGGUGGAAGUGCCCUAUAAAGGUCCCGUGGAGGAGACUCUGCGAGACAUCCUGGGGGGCGUGCGCUCCACGUGCACGUACGUGGGAGCGGCUAAACUGAAGGAGCUGAGCCGCCGCACGACCUUCAUCAGGGUCACGCAGCAGCUCAACACCGUCUUCGGCAGCGACAGCUGAGUCUCCUGCCUGAGAUCUGGAUUUGUCUGAUAGUGUACGCACACGUGAACACACGUGCACGCGUGUCAAUCCUCUGUACCUAUUUUUGUGGCGUGAGUUAUAGUUACACAAGUGGAAGCUUUAAAACCGUAUAUAGUUAAAGUAAAUGAUAAUCAAAAUACACGUAGUUUGAUGUUAGCCAAAGACUGGAUUAAUCGGGGCUGUAUCUGGCCCCCGCACCACCACUCCCCCCUCCUCUGAGCAUUCCGAUGUUUUCACAGGACGUGUGUGUGUCUGUGGACGAUAACAUGUCGUCUGUGUUUAAUCAUUCCGGCCUCUGACACAAUCAGAAACGUCUCUGUCCCAAAAUUACAGAUUUUAAAUAAUUUAUACAAACUAAAUUUGUUUUCAAAUUGACUGGUCGAUAAAUGUGUCAGUCUGUUCUCUAUAAACACAGUGUGUUUUGCACUUUAGUGUUGCGCUUUAGAUUUAAAAUAAUGUAUUUAUUCAUACUCACUGCCUCUUUUUAAAAUGUAUGAAAAUGCAACAUUUGAUUACUUUGUGUCAAAACAUUUUACUGUCUUCUGUUUAUCGUAAAAAAAAAGUCAUUUUAAUUCCAGAGGAUUUAUCCAUAUUGAGAUCUGCAUCCAGAACUGUACCUGUGAGCUGUUUCACUGCUUUUAAUGUGUGUGUGUGUGAGACUGAUAUUUUCUGCCUUUCCCAUUGCUUGUUAUUUCACUUCACACACUUUUUGAUUAAUUCUAUUUUGAGCAGUUUUUUGGAAUCUGCCUUGUUUUAUUUCUUAUUUUGUCUUUGUAAAUGUUCCACAUAUUUUGUUUCUGUUAUCAGCAUGCAUUGAACUCAGGGCUGCCUAAAUUCUUUCCUUUGAAGAGCCAAAAAUCAAUAUGGGGGCCACAUACCAAAAAUACAUUUUUAAUGUUAUGUCAAAGUCAUGAUAUUUUGUGCAAAAUUAACAUUUGAAGUGUAAAACAAAGUUCCAACAUAAUAAAGAGUUUGUAAUCUCA